CCUCAGGAGAAGAGAUACAGAUCCUGCAAAGCCCAGCACAGCUGUGGCUGAAAUCUGGGGACACUGCACAGCUGCACUGCAAAACAUUAGAAGACGAAGUGAGCACAAUGUGGUACAAGGAACAGAGUGGAAGUUUACGGUGGAUUUACCGGAGUUCUGAGUUUGCAUCGCCAGAUGGAAAAUACUCGAGUGAAGCGAACACUGCGACAAACACGUUUUCUCUAAUUAUCAGUAAUGUACAAAGAGAGGACUCGGGGAUUUAUUACUGUGGCCUCUUUUCCUUUAUGUAUCUACAGCCCAACUUCGGGAAUGGGACCAGACUAAUUGUCACAGAUGCCGCCGAGCCGAGACUUUCCAUCCUGGUGCCCUCCACCCCAGAGGAUGCUGAGCUUCCCCCCGUCAUUCCUCUGCUCUGCCUGCUCUCGGAUUUCACUCCUCCCUGGAGUGCUGUUCUCUGGGACACUGGUGAGCAGAUGUCUGAGGGUCAGACAGAUGCUGGAGCCAUAGAUGGGAACGGGGUCUUUAGUGUUUGGAGCCUAAUGACAAUCCCUUCUGAGACGUGGAACCAGAAAACGAUCUGCACUUGUACAGCCAAGGAGAGCAGCAUGGGGAGAAGCAUCAGUGCUACAGUCUCCAAGGAAACAGAGAGAAGGGACGCUGGAGACUGUGAGAUUGUGCUCUACGCUGGGCUGCCCUGUAUUUUCAUCCUUCUCUUCAUCCAGUUGUUGAUCUUGCUCUGGAGAAAGUGCCCCGUCAGAGGGAGAGCUGUGCGAAGAGGGAAUCCAAUACCUAUGAGGCAGAUCCCACAGACUGAAUAUGCGACUCUGCCGUACAACAACAGCAAUGCUCCUCGGUGACUGAUGUAGUCUCACAAAAGUGGUUUAUAUUUUGUAAUUAAGAGAAAAAAGAAUGAAAGAGAA